GUCUCACAUUGUGUGUGAGAGCUGUAGGCUGUAGGACAGACAGGCGGCCAGCGGACCCGUGGAAGUAUUUCAGCAGCCAGCUUCAGCCAGAGCCCAGAGGCGGCCCGGUGGGAGGAGGCAGAGAGUCCGCAGCUGCCGCGCACCGCACAGCGUCUCUCACAGCCGCAAGAGGAGCGCACCAAACCCAUGUCUACGGAGCGGUCUGAGGACCGGGACCUCGGCGGGUUGGGAGAGCAGGCAGCAGAUGGACAGACCCGACUGACGGACAUCUCCAGCUGCACAACGGGCGGCAGCAUGGCGUCCAUACCGGAAUACUACGCCGGCAAGAACGUGCUGAUCACAGGAGCAACGGGCUUCAUGGGCAAAGUGCUGGUGGAGAAGCUGCUGAGGUCCUGCCCCGAGGUCAAAGCCCUCUACCUCCUGGUCAGGCCCAAAGCCGGGCAGUCCAUGCAGCAGAGGGUCAGCGACAUGAUGACGUGCAAGCUUUUCGACCGAGUGCGGGAGGACGACCCCGACUUCCACCAGAAGAUCAUCCCCAUCAGCAGCGAGCUGACGCAGCCCGGCCUCGCCAUCAGCCCGGAGGACGUCGAGAAGCUCUCCGCCUGCAUCAACGUCGUCUUCCACUGCGCCGCCACCAUCCGCUUCGACGAGCCGCUCAAACACGCCCUGCAGCUGAAUGUGAUCGCCACACAGCAGCUCCUCAGCCUGGCCAAGCAGAUGCACCACCUCGAGGCCUUCGUUCACAUCUCCACCGCCUAUGCAAACUGCAACCGCAAGCACAUCGACGAGGUCAUUUACCCGCCACCCGUCGAGCCCAAGAAACUCAUCGAGUCCAUGGAGUGGAUGGAUGACGGCAUCGUGCGCGACAUCACGCCGCGGCUCAUCGGCGACAGGCCCAACACAUACACCUACACCAAAGCCCUGGCCGAGUACUUGGUGCAGCAAGAGCAAGACAAGCUCAACAUCGCCAUCAUCAGACCCUCCAUAGUGGGAGCCAGCUGGCAGGAGCCUUUCCCAGGCUGGAUCGACAACUUCAACGGGCCGAGUGGCGUCUUCAUAGCUGCUGGAAAGGGAAUCCUGCGCACCAUGAGAGCCAACAACGACGCCGUGGCUGACCUGAUCCCCGUGGACGUGGUCAUCAACCUCACGCUGGCUGCUGGCUGGUACACCGCUGAACGCAGAAGGAAAACAGAAAAACAGACAAAUGAAAGACCUAAAACAGCUCUGGUGUACAACUGCACUUCCGGCGGCAUCAACCCGUUCCACUGGGGAGAGAUUGAGCACCAUGUAAUGUCGUCCUUCAAGAGGAACCCGCUGGAUCAAGCUUACCGCAGGCCCAACGCCAACAUCACCUCCAACUACCUGAUCAACCAGUACUGGAUCCUGGUCAGCCACAAGUUCCCUGCCCUCAUCUACGACCUCGUCCUGCGUCUCUCUGGACAAAAGCCGCAGAUGAUGCGCAUCUUCAAUCGACUGCACAAGGCCAUCGGCCUGCUGGAGUAUUUCAGCAGCCAGGACUGGGAGUGGAACUCUGAGAACAUGAGCAUGCUGAUGAGCCAGCUAACUCCGGAGGACAGGAAGACAUUUAACUUUGAUGUGCGCCAGCUGAACUGGCCCGAGUACAUCGAGAAUUAUUGCAUCGGCACCAAGAAGUACGUCCUGAAUGAAGACAUGUCCGACAUUCCUGCUGCCAGACAGCAUCUGAGGAAAUUGAGGAACAUCCGCUACACCUUCAACACCCUUUUGGUCGUCUUCAUCUGGAGGGUGUUUAUCGCUCGCUCCCAGAUGGCCAGAAACAUCUGGUACUUUGUAGUCAGCCUCUGUUUCAAGUUCCUCUCUUACUUCCGCGCAUCCAGCACCAUAACCAACUGAGUCUUCCUCCAAGCCUCAAACCAGAGACAGCCGCCCUCGCCUUUAGCUGUCAGCAGGAUGUAACGUCUGAGACUCUGACUGUCCACAAAGGACACUCUAAAUCCUCCUUUAUGUGCGGAUUAGCUGUGGGCUCUCUACAGGUGGGAGACUGCAGUUGUGUGAAGCACUCGGAGGGAGGAAUGGAGGUCUACUAGCCAUGAAUUAUUUGUUUUAGUUUUGAAAUCUGUCAUCAUUACCUGCACUGUUCAGUCACUAGACCCCGUCCAAAAAAAAGUGUUCAUUUGUACCUACCUUUUUCUUCUCAGCGUGGCCAAUUAUAUAUGCAACGAAAAGCCUUUUGUCUGACCUCCAUUUUCUUUUCCACAUCAUCGUUUCCAUCCUCUUGAAUCUCGGUACAUUGCCUUGCCUUGUGAUGACUUUUUUUUUUUCAUACUUGAAAUACGGCAGUGCUUCACUGGAGGACGAUUUCUAUAAGAUUAUUUUGUUUCUCUGUUUUCUACUGUUGGGAUAUCCAACUCCUCUCUUUAAUACGCAUCUGUUUGUCUUACAUUACGUGUAUCUACUGCCUUUUUAAGAUUACACCCAAAACUAACUUUGUCUCAAGGCCAAUCCACAGAUUGAGACGAGUAUUGAAGCUAAAUUCUGACCACACAAGAUAACAGUAUCACUAUAUAUACGGAAACAUACAGAUCUGCCAUCUUUCCUGCUAUUGAGCUGGUCACUUGUUUAAUAUCACAAACAAUAAUCUCAGUAUUUCUUUGAACAUAAACCUUGUUUGUUUAAAUGCUCAUCCACUUUUUGCCUGUUUGUACAGCAGUUUGUACUGGAACUAAGUUUACUACUUUUACAUAUUUAUACUUGCGUCAAAGGCUAGUCUGAUAUAUGUGGUAGACCUUGGCAGUGUAUUAUAUAUAAAUAAGAGAACAUCAGAGUCAAGUUUAUUUGUAUAGCCCAGCAUCACAUACUGUACAAUGUCUCCCAACCAAGCCCACGUUUUCUAAGAAGACAAACUCCCCCAGAACCUCAAAAGGCAUUUGGCUGGGGGUGAAAUAGGAGCCAUUGGUGGGGAAAAAGUACAAAUUAUAUCAAGUUGUAGCCGUUGGACACGCCAGAUACAACAAUGGGAUUCUAAAAGGUCCAAUGCUAAUGUAGUAAAUCCAAGUCCAAUUCAAUAUUAGUGAUGUCAAAUAUCCAAGAUUUAAGGUCUACGGUUCGUGAGGUUGGGGGACCAAAGCUUAAAGCAGGCAAUAUAGUUGAAUAGUUGAAAGCUGGAGGAGACCGAGCCCCAGUUUGUGCCUCUCAAUAGUACUAAUACAUGAGGCACAAACUGGAGCAGGAGGAGACGCAGCUCUUCCAAAGAGUGACAGCAGCAGGGAUGGAGCUAUCAGACUACAGACUGUGUAUUUAAAGAAAUGUGAAGAUGAAGGUACUACUGACAUAAGAUUUAUCUUAGUUCUUGAGGCAGGCCUCUGGAUACUGAAGAGGUCAUAAGGUUUGUUAAAUAUGGCUGAGAAAGAAAGAAAAUCACCUCUAGUGUGAAUAAGAAGUCAAAGCAUCAAGGCUACUGUGUCGUAAACCAUAGGGGGGAAAAAAGCAUUUCAGAUUCAUCUAUAUGUAAGAAAAUCUAUUUCAAACUGCUUUUGACAGCUAGUAAACAGGACAGAGCAUAGAGCAAUCAUAAGAAUUUAUUGCAAUGUUAAGUCGAGUGUGAUCUGCAUCAGAGGGAAAAUUCAUGUUGCAGCUGCAAACGAUUCUGCAGAACGGAAGACUAUUGUGAAAAGUAGUGGACCAAGUACGGAGCCUUGAGGUUUGCCAAACCUUACCUGAUGGGGAAAUGGACUUCUAUUUUGAAGCAAGACACACUGUGACCUAUAUGUUAGUCUGGACCUAAAUCACAAAAGUGCUAGGUUAUAAAAGAGGGAUUUAAAGCCCUCCUGGUAUUGAAUCAUUUACCCCAGUUUGGAAGAUCUGUAAAUAGUUGAACUACAUAUUAUUCUUAUAGAGUACCACAAAUUGUAUUUGACUGUUGAUCUUUGCUUGGUGAGUGUCUUCACAGGAUUCCACCACAGAGCUUCCCGCAGAGUUUACCAAAAGUGUUAAGUGUGACAGGCAAGUCUGAUUUUUACUAAACAAAUGAGAAAACCGUGUACAGUAUUGUCUGUGGCUUGACUCUUGAAAGAAUACAAAUACAUAACAGUUACGAGCCUAUACGGGAGAAAAAGGGACGGAACUAAAUAAAUGUUCAUGCAAAGCCCAUAUUUGUGGUGUAAUCGUGGUAACCGUCCUCCUAAUUUUAGAGGGGGAUAAUGAACCAAAAUGUCUGCAGUUGUACGAGGCCUGUACGAUGAAGUGGUUUUGUCAGUUAUUGUUGUGGUGUCGUUUAAAUUGUUUUGCUCAUGUGUGUUUGUUUCACAACAAAGUGCUGCAGAGCACCAUUGGCACAGUAAAACCCCAGGCUGGAGCUACUGUUACUGUACGUAACAAACUACAGCAACCCGUAAACAAUGA